AUGUGCGCCCUAGGUGAAGCUACAAAUGCCAUGAAACAACACCUUGGAACCUUUCUAUCGAUUACUAACAGCCUCCUUCUCUUCAUUCUUCCUUCACAAGUGCUAUCCUUCAACACAACCCGCAAACACUUUACGCUAUGGAAUCUCCAUGGAGCUCAAAGCUUUUAUCCCUGUCGAUUUAUUCAGUCCUCAUCUGAUUCAGAUAUCAUUGAUACUAUUGAAUGCGAUCGUGAGGCCUCCAACAUCCUCGAGAAUAGUAUUCCAACAAUUCAUCCCGAAGGUCGAGUGGUUAGAGAAAUACGCAUUUUCGCAGGACGUCGGCUCAAUGCUCUUCCACGCAAGGCAUUUGAAAGAGUUGGUGCCGACCUACAAAAACUCGUUAUUCAAGGAGGUGAUAUACGAGUGAUUAGGAGGGAAGCACUUCUGGGACUGACAGAACUCGAAGUCCUCGAGAUACGUAACGCUCCAAGUGCAGGAAAUCGGUGGUCAAACAAUGGCCUAGCUGGACGGCUGUUUACUGCUGAUGGGGAAUUGAAACAUCUCAAGAAGUUGAGGCGUCUAGUGCUUGAGAAUGUGGAUUUGAGCGAUGGACUAGUAGCCUAUGCGUUCUAUGAUAUAAGUCGACGUCUAAGCGAGGUAGAAAUGAUCGGUAAUAAUCUUGCCACGAUUAAUCCAUACACCUUUGAGAAGAGUGAAUGUUGCAGAUCCCUUCGACGAUUAAGCUUGGAGGGACAGAAUGCAUCAUUGAAUUGGUUGGACAAUGCCUACAGAUGGGCGCGCGAUUUAGGUGGAGUAACUUUGCUCUCCUUAAGCGGAAAUAAUAUCACCAAUAGGACACUCGACUUCGGCUACAGCCUGAACUCGAAAUUGCGAGCAUUGAAGAUAGAAAACUGUUUCCUUACAGAAAUAUCAGAUGAUCUUUUAAGCAAGUUCAAAGCACUAGAGGAGAUUUAUGUUGGAAAGAACAGCUUUACCAUCAUCUCAGAUCAGGAAGCCACUGAAAGGCUACGAGGCUUGAGGCGGUUGACAAGUCUUUCCAAAAUAAGUUUGCAUGGAAACAAGCGUCUCAUCUAUAGGCAGCCGACAUGGUUUCGAAAAUCGGGCAUAAAAGAGUUGGAUUACUCCAAAAGUCUUCUACGACGAAUAGGAGGUCGAGAGCUUCCAGCAGGACUUCAGCGGCUGCAUCUAGAAUCAACAUUCCUCGAAGAAAUCGACCCAGAAUGGACUGCUGAAAUGCCACACUUUUCUCACCUCUACCUGAACGCAUCGUACAUCAAGGGUGUGAAGAUUAAUGGAGUGGAAGGCGACUGGCAGGCAGCCUUAGAAGCCUUGAAAGAUCAAUUGAAAGUCCUUGGACUUUCACAAUGCCAAAUCAUUAGCCAGAGCCUUAAACCCGACAUCGGUGACGAAUUCCAUAUUAGUGGUUUGCGUCUGGGUUUGAAUAAACUCCAAAAACUUGAACGACUCGAUUUGUCCGGAAACUACAUCACCCACAUUCCACAGGACGCAUUCCACAACCUAUCCCAACUAACCAGUCUAAAUCUCUCCAACAACCACCUUCAAACACUCCUCAGUCUAGGGCAUGGUGUGAUGAGGUCAAAAAACAGUCCAUCAAUUCAACAACUGGAUCUUACCAAUAAUGCAUUGAGCAGUGUUUUAAGAUCCUCACCAAGUCUGGGAUUCAAUACGUCUUUGCAACAUCUUCUAGCUGAUGGAGUCGAAAUACAAUUGGGAGGAAAUCCACUAAUCUGUGAUUGCAGACUGCGAUGGUUGAGUGAAAAUAGGAUCAAAGUAGACAAUUUCACCUGUACAGGAAGGAAUCGCCUAACUGGAAGUGGAUUUCACAAAGUUACUGAAGAGGAGCUUGUAAACGAACAUAAUUGCAUCGAAAGAGAUUUUAGUGACGCGCCAAAUCCAACUUAUCCCUUCAGACCUGUUCGUGUCUUUGGUUAUGAUAGGCGUCUAAAGAAGGUUCACUUUGCAGUGAAAGGGCGGGCGUUAAAAUCAGCAUGGAGUAACAUUGCAAAAACAACCCCACCCCGUUCCGCUAUUGCAUUGCAAAAAUUGCUAGCAAAGCUGAACAAUUUGACCCCAGAAAUAAUCUCAAAGCUACAGGAGAAUUACCUCGUCUUCGAGGUAGCCUAUUGGCCAGUGGGAGAGAUGAGAGAGAUGGAAGGACGGUUGGAAUGGCAGGUGGUGGAGGAGGAGUUGAUGCAAAUUGAGGAAAGGGAGUACGUAUUCGCCAUCCAACCAAUCAAUGUUGCACGACCUCACACUGUCUGUUUUAGAAACGCUCUUGAACGUCGAAACACAGCUCGUUCCACCCUCUGUCAGAUAUUUCAACCCAGUGAACUAGCAAUGCCAGCAGUGAUAAAUGUGUCGGUAGAUAGAGUGGAUCAUGUCCACGCACCUUUGUGGUUGGUUGUUUUGGCAACAGCUAGUGUUGUGAUUUUCAUCAUUUCCAUGUUUUGGCUCUGCAUUCGAUACAGAAGCUGUUGUCGACGAAGAAGAAUGGAGAAAAGGCAGAAGAGGGAGGUGUCUUCAGCGACUACAAGUAACGAACUUCCUAGGUAUACAGGCUAUGAUAUGCAAAAGGAGAACACCUACGACAAAUUGGAAAACUACUAUUUGGAAAAUUCGUUGCCUAAUUUGACUGUGGUGGAUGAACGUCCUGAGUUGCCGAGACGUGUAAGGCGGUAUAGGAACCUGACACAAACCUUGGAGACAGGAACGGGCUCGUUGGGGGAUUUAACAGGAAUGCAGUGGUUUGCACAAAGAAAAGUACAAACUCAUCAACCUCCAGUGACUAGGCGCAUUUAUGAAAGGCGUCUUACCAACAAAUCGCCACUAACCGGUCCAAAAUUACCAAGACCGGUAACUUAUCAACACCCAACAACUGUGGCGACACAACUGCUACUAGACGAGAAUGGAUAUGUGAAGAUGAAUGCGGAAAGUGAUGAAUACGUAGAGGCUAGGCCAGAGAAGAGAAUAAGACGACAGACAGAAGGGGAAGAAGGCGAAGAUGCAAGAAUGCUGGAUUCCUACAUCCUUGGAGUAUCGAGAGCAGCAUUGUUAAGGCAGAAGAGUGCACCCCAAUCUGCUCCAAUGACUGGCACCCCUGAACCCUGGACCUCUCCUAAACCAUCCUUGUGA